AUGAAUACCACGGCUCCGACGUCGGCGGAUGCCUGCCUGAGCAUCGUGCACUCGCUGAUGUGUCACAGACAAGGUGGAGAGAGUGAGGGGUUCUCCAAGCGAGCUAUAGAAUCUCUUGUUAAGAAGUUAAAGGAGAAGAGAGAUGAAUUAGACUCCUUGAUCACAGCAAUAACUACUAAUGGCGCACAUCCUAGUAAAUGUGUUACAAUACAGAGGACGCUUGAUGGGAGGUUACAGGUGGCCGGUCGGAAAGGAUUUCCCCACGUUAUUUAUGCUCGUAUAUGGCGGUGGCCGGACUUACACAAAAAUGAAUUGAAACACGUCAAGUUUUGUCAGUUUGCUUUCGAUUUAAAAUGUGACUCAGUGUGUGUGAACCCUUACCACUACGAAAGGGUUGUUUCCCCAGGAAUAGAUUUAUCAGGCCUCACACUUCAGUCGGGUCCCAGCAGAUUAGUUAAGGACGAGUACACAGCUGGCCUCAGUGGAAACGGAAUGGACAUGGAUACUGGUGAGAUGGUGACCAUUCAGCAUCAUGCUACUAGUCCUAGGCACCAUCAUACGCCGAUGCCACAUCACCAUCAGCAGUUCCAGACGACAAAUAUUAUUAUUAACCAGGGACAAACGCCUGAAGGCGUACCGAACAUGUUUUCGCCGACGCACGCGCCGCGCACCCCGCUGCGGGCGCCGGCGCCCCACGCGCCCCUGGCGCCGCCGAUGGGCCACGCGGCGCCCGCACCGCAGAUGUGUGCGCACCCAGGGCCCAUGCAGGGCCCCCAGAUGGUGCCGGCCCAGUCGCCCCUGGGUGGAGGGAUGGGACAGGGACAGAUGUCGUCCCCGCGGUUGGCUGCAGCGCCCAGUAUGUCGCCGGCGACGCCGCAGAUGCCGCCGAUGAACAGGCCGAUGUCGCUGCCGAGCCCGCAACAGAUGACGAUGGCCCAGCAGCGCGCGGUGGCCCCCAAACUCGAGCCCCCCGAUACGAUGGACGCCCGCGCAAUGUGGCUGCCUAAACGAAUGAAUCAUUCUGCAAUGCCAGUGACUAUGUCUCCGGGAGCCACCACACCACUCAUAGAUGGCCCGAAUUCUACAUUCUUCACGUCAGAGACAACAUCUAAUGAUUCUUCUCAGCUGACUCAAACUUUGUCCAAUUCGCACGCAGCGGGCACGGUAUCGCCUGGUUCCGGGGAGGGCUCCCAACAGAAUGGGUUCACUACAGACGGCAGUCCCGCGCCACAACCCAGCCCUCUACCGCAUCGCACGCAGCAUCAGCAACAACAAGGCACGUGGACUGGUAACAACACACUAACGUAUACACAGAGCUUGGCUCCUCCGCCCGCCGCGCCACCCGUGCCCCUUGACGCUCCUCCUCAUCAUCAUUAUUACAAUGGUAACCCAGGCGGUCUUCUCUCAAGUCAACCAGCUCCUGAAUAUUGGUGCUCAGUCGCCUACUUUGAGUUAGAUACGCAGGUCGGAGAGACCUUCAAAGUACCUUCCAGUAGACCCAACGUUACCGUUGACGGCUACGUGGAUCCUUCAGGCGGUAACAGAUUUUGUUUGGGCGCUCUCAGUAAUGUGCACAGAACUGAACAGAGUGAACGAGCGAGACUGCAUAUCGGUAAAGGUGUGCAGUUAGACCUCCGCGGUGAAGGCGACGUGUGGCUGCGUUGUCUGUCGGAUCACUCAGUGUUCGUGCAGUCCUACUACCUCGACAGGGAGGCCGGCAGAGCGCCCGGAGACGCCGUACAUAAGAUUUACCCAUCUGCUUGUAUUAAGGUAUUCGACCUCCGUCAAUGUCACCGACAGAUGCAGUCUCAGGCGGCCACGGCCCAGGCGGCGGCCGCGGCGCAAGCUGCCGCCGUCGCCGGACAUAUACAGCCGCAACAUCCCACCAUGAACAAGUGUCUGUCUGCAGCGGCCGGCAUCGGAGUGGACGACCUGCGGCGACUGUGCAUCGUGAGGCUUUCCUUCGUCAAGGGCUGGGGACCUGACUACCCCCGCACUUCUAUCAAGGAGACGCCCUGCUGGGUCGAGGUUCAUUUGCAUAGAGCCCUUCAGCUUUUGGACGAGGUCCUGCACACAAUGCCAAUCGACGGUCCUCGGAGCACCAUCGAGUAG